UGGUUCAUCAUGAAGAAGCAGCCUUGUGUAGUUAAUAUUAUUAUUAAGUACUUUUUUCUACCUGUAAAAGUGUAUCUAAUCAAUUUCAAGUGGUUAAUAGAAGAAAAGCAGCUUCAGGAUGAUUAUUACUUUGUAGGAUCAGAUUGUUCACUCACCUUAACAUGAACCGUUGUUUAUUGAUGUGAUAUACUUGAUCACCACUACCCCACUGAACUAGUAGGAGAUGUUUCAAAUCAUUAAGUUAUUAUUAUUAUUUCUCCCAUUCUUAUUAUUAUGAUAUUAUAAAUUUUCCGUGUAAGAUUUUCUUGCAUCAAAUGAACUGUUAUUUAUGUGUUAAAAAAAAUUGAGUGAAUCGAUUUUCCGUGUGAGAUUCUUAGUCAGUAUAGAUAUUCUUUUAAGAAACUAAUCCAAACAGUUUAAGAUUCUUAAUCAGUAUAGAUCAUAUUUUAUUUAAGUAAAUAACCCAAACCAAAACUACAUGCUAACUACUUUUUCUAUAAAAAUUGAUCCGAGCCACAGCCAUUCUAGGAAAAAGUUUUUGGAGUAAUUAUUGAAGGUUGCUCAUCCCCAAAUAUUUUACUUAAUUUUAUGCUAUCAGAAGAUAGAGUAAAAAGUAAAAAAGAAAUGAACAAACAUGAGUGAACGAGACGUAGAAUUCUUGGCAAAUAUGAGAGAAACGAGACAUAUUUGAUUUUGUUUGUAGCAAGUUAAAAUUUAUUAUGGUGAAAGGAUUUAUUGGCAAAGAGCUAGAAGUAAGUUUUGAGAAACAUUUGAUUACAAAAACUAACGUGAUAAAAAGAUGUAUGUAAUUUGUUAUUUAACAAUUGUGGAUGAAGCAAAAGAUUACAAAGUUGUAGUUGAUUUUUGGUUGUGUUUUCUUGUAACAAACUCUUGUGUUUCUAUUUCUUAGUACUCCUUGUACUAAGAAUUUUUUAUUUUUUUUUAUGUUACAUGAGACUUUUAUGAGGCCAUAAUAAGAAAUAAAAUUCAUGUGAAUUUCACCGUCCAAUAAAGAAUGUGCUGAAAAGAAAGUGUUUCAAGCAUUGUUUAAUUUUCAUGCCAUCAUAAUGACAGAACUACAAGCAAGUUGCACAAGAUAUAUAUAUAUAUAUAUAUAUAUAUAUAUAUUUGAAGAACAUGGUAAUUAAGCUAAUUUUCAACUGUCAAAUGCCCACUAAUCUGAUUAAUUUCUCGUUAUUCUGUUUUACUUUUUUCAGAACACUCCACAUUUACCUAUCUAAAUUAGAGAAAGCUCAAACACUCAUGAUGUAUAUUUGUCUUUUCCUAUACCAAAAGCCAUUAAAAAAAUAUACAACAUGAAGAUGAAACUUUAGCAGAAAUUCCACUAUACCUUAUUAAUAUAUAGUAACUUCCACUUUUGAUUCGGCUUUCACUUCAAGAGCCAAACUCAGUUAAAAUUUGUUGCAACUUGCAACUUGUGUUGUUAUAGUGCUUAUAGUACUACCAUUUAUUCUUGGAACUAAGGUUGCAUAAUGCAUUUAGUUAGUUAAUUAUUAGUGACUAUAUAUUUAUUCCUUUUACCUAGUUGUUGGUAGUGUAUUUGUAUUUUUCUCUAUCACUGCUAAAAAACUGUUGAGAAUGAAGCAUUCUCAUAUUUUACCACAAGCAUUCUGUUUAUUUUUCUUUAUUUUAAUUUUUUUAGUCCAAGCUAGGCAUCAUCAUUCACAUAAAAAACAUAGCCACUCACAUUCUCAUAAAUCAUAUGGAACCUCACCACAACCACCUGCGCCUUACUACAAUAAUGCCUCUGGCAUUUUUGAUGUAAGAUCAUUUGGUGCCAUUGGAGAUGGAAAAAAAGAUGAUACUGAAUCAUUUAAGAUGGCAUGGGAUACUGCUUGUCAAAGUCAAUUAGAAGAUAAUGUUAUUCUUGUUCCGCAAGGUUUCUCGUUCAUUGUUCAAUCUAUUAUUUUCACCGGUCCUUGUCAAGGUGACUUAGUAUUCAAGGUGGAUGGGACUGUUAUGCCACCUGAUGGACCUGAAUCUUGGCCAAAGAACAACAGUAGGCGCCAAUGGCUGGUAUUUUACAGAAUCAAUGGAAUGUCACUAGAAGGAAGUGGUUUAAUAGAUGGGAGGGGACAAAAAUGGUGGGACCUUCCUUGCAAGCCUCACAAGGGAUCAAAUGUGACAGCAUUAGGACCUUGUGAUAGCCCAAUUGCCAUAAGGUUUUUUAUGUGUUCAAACUUGACUGUGCAAGGUCUUAAAGUGAAGAACAGCCCUCAAUUUAAUUUCAGAUUUGAUGACUGCAAAAAAGUCUAUAUAGAAUCAAUUUAUAUUACAGCUCCAAAACUAAGCCCCAACACGGAUGGAAUUCACUUAGAAAAUGCCAAUGACGUGAAAAUAUAUAAUUCUGUGAUUUCCAAUGGUGAUGAUUGUGUGUCCAUCGGAUCUGGGUGCUAUGAUGUUGAUAUAAAAAACAUUACAUGUGGACCUAGUCAUGGAAUUAGCAUUGGUAGUUUAGGAAAUCACAAUUCAAAAGCAUGUGUAUCAAACAUUACAGUUCGAGACUCGAUCAUAAAAAUGUCAGAUAAUGGAGUUAGAAUCAAGACAUGGCAAGGUGGAUCAGGAUCGGUAUCAGGGGUGACAUUCAAUAAUAUUAAUAUGAUUAGUGUAAGAAAUCCAAUCAUAAUUGACCAAUUCUAUUGCCUCACUAAAGAACAUUGCACCAACAAAACCUCAGCAGUAUUUGUAUCAAACAUUCUUUACACAGACAUUAAGGGAACUUAUGAUAUAAGAAGCCCUCCUAUGCAUUUUGCAUGUAGCGACUCUGUCCCUUGCACCAACAUAACACUAUCAGAUAUUGAGCUUCUUCCAUCUCAAGGUGAUAUAGUAUAUGAUCCUUUUUGUUGGAAUGCUUAUGGAGAUUUGGAGACACUAACUAUUCCACCUGUCUCUUGUUUGCUAGUGGGAACUCCUCAAUCCUUGUUAGACUAUGACAUAGAUCAUUGUUGACUCUUUAGAUUCUUUAAUUUAAACAAAAGUUCUAUGUUGCAAAAUCACUUCAUAUUGAAGACGUAUCGGAUACUCACAAAAUAAUGCCUGUGAUUAUUCACAAUUAUUUUUAUUUUCUCAAAUUAUUAUUAUUGUGUUUCAUAGGUGUUCAUGUAUGAUGUAUAUAUGAUUAUUAGGAGUUGUUAAAGAAUGUAGCAUUCGAUUUUGAAUCUUAUGUUGUGAUUGAUGAGGAGUUGUGUUUUUUAUGCUCCUCCCUUAAA